GUACUCUCAAUUUCGAGUCAAUCUAGUCAGACCUCGUACAACUGUUCCCCGACGAUUUCUACUCACGCUGAGACCAAUGCUCUCUACUUUACUUCCUGACAUGUGCAUGUUGAGGGCUGAUCACCCCGCAACCCCCCAGACAACGGCUUGAUGAAGAUUGGAGAUCCAACUUAUCAUGGUGCCGAAGUCGUACUCCCGGCAGAAGUUAUCGACUCAAUUAGCAUCCAUGUCAUGCAAUUUGAUCAAUAUCAAUCAUCAUUGGCGUCGUGCUGUUUGGUCAAUAGAUCGUGGUAUGCCGGAUUCAUCGCUGGUCUCUACGCUUAUCCCAUCAUAACUCAACGAAAUUUCGAGUAUUUUGCCAGAACUCUGUCCUCCCCUGUUACAAAGAAAACCAAAGUCGGCCUCGAGCAUCUUGUCAAGCGACUGGACUUGAGCUCAAUCGCUUAUGAGAGUAGUAAGAGCCUAACUGCUCGACUCCUCGGAAGGGUGAAGAAUUCCCUAGAAUUUUUUGCAUCUCCAGCCAUUACCUUCUCCUUGACAUCUCUUGCUCCUCUGUCCAAAUGCUAUAACCUCCAUCACUUGGACCUGUCUGCCGAUGGCUACCAACUCGGACUUGGCAAGAUACUCGCCACAGUCAGUCAUCUCGAGCAGCUGUCGACACUGAAACUGCCAACAGAUGCUUUUGCUGUUCAACCCGAGGUCGCAUCUUUGAUGUGGCCACCCAAUCUGCGUUUCGUUCAGUUAACCGAUCGACUGCCUAAUUCUUCGAAAAACUGGGACGACGUCCUCCGCAGCCUUCCAAAGACUGUUACGACAUUAAGGAUUCACGGCUGUCUCAAUUACGACUCUGUUGCGCGACUCAAGGAAUGCGAACCGAGUGACAAUCGUGUGUCUCGCCUUGAGAUUGGAGUCUCACGGGACGAGGCUUACAUGCCAUUUGACGCCAUUACCACCGCAGCUUUUCCCGCCUUGCGAUACAUUGCUGUGCCUGCGCCUUCCCUCAUUCCUCCAGCGACGGCGAUGCUUGUGGAACCAAUCAUUAAACAUGAUGGUAUAGAAGUAUUGGAAUUGACGCCAAUAAGGGAUGUUGGUCCUCCCGUCAAAUGGGAGUUUGACGACUUUAAUACCAUCAUACACAGUUUUACUUCGCUAUACAAGAUAACAAUUGCGGAGAAGAAUGUAAGACUGGACGCCGGCCAACAGUUGCAGCUCACUGAGCUAUUGGACAGUCGUUUACGUACAGAUUCGGUGUCUCAGAGACGUGCAAGGCCAGGGUUUUUGAUCUGGUCGGGGGCGCUUUAG